AUGAGUGCAGCCUUCAGUCCGUCAUUUAUGAUGAUGCAGCGUCCAGUGGGAAGCACCACUGCUUUCAGCAUCGACUCGCUCAUCGGAGGGCCGCCCCAGCCGAGUCCGGGACACUUCGUUUACACUGGCUACCCCAUGUUCAUGCCCUACCGAUCAGUGGUCCUGCCACCACCGCCGCCGCCGCCUCCCGGCCUGUCUCAGUCGGCUCUUCAGCAAGGGCUCCCCGCCACGCACCCUCACCACCAGAUUCCUGGUUUACCGAGCAGUUUCUGUUCCAGCUUGGCGCAGGGCAUGGCCCUCACUUCGACCCUCAUGGCUACCUUGCCGGGAGGGUUUUCCACUUCACCACAACACCAAGAGGCGGCCAGGAAGUUUGGGUCGCCCUCUCUCCACGCCGUGUUCGAUAAAACUCAGGAUAUGCGUUUGGAUGGAGAAGACGGGAAAACUUUUCUCGCCAAGGACACCACGGUACUUCCCUCAUUCCACGACUCCGAACCCGUGCAGUCCUCCACAGGAAGAACUCACAACAAGGACGAGUCAAAAGAUGAAGACUGCAACCGUAAAGAUGAGAGCUUUUCUAUGGACAGUGACUUAGACUACAGCUCAGACGAUAACGUGAACGGUAACUCACUGUGCCCGAAAGACGACGGAGACGCUAACGGAGGACUUGAGGAAGGUGUUCACAGUGGGAACGGCUCUGGUAACACGACAUCAACCGGCAAGAACCGGCGGCGGCGAACGGCGUUCACUAGCGAGCAGCUUUUGGAACUGGAGAAAGAAUUCCACUGUAAGAAAUACCUGUCUCUCACGGAACGAUCACAGAUCGCUCAUGCUUUAAAGCUCAGCGAAGUUCAAGUCAAGAUCUGGUUUCAGAACAGGAGAGCCAAAUGGAAACGGGUUAAGGCGGGCAACGUCAAUACCAAAACGGGCGAACCUUCGAGAAACCCCAAAAUUGUGGUUCCCAUUCCGGUUCACGUCAGCCGGUUUGCAAUAAGGAGUCAACACCAACAGUUAGAGCAAGCAAGGCCUUGA